UGGCCCCGCCCACUUACCGUUUACAGGUAACGGUGCGGCUCACCUGGGUCACUUUUCUUUCCCUGCGGAGUCGCGGAUUGUUUACUUCCGGAGAAAUGGAUUUAUGUUAAGAUAACGAUUUAAUUCGAGUUAAUGACUGUUUAAAACCAAGUGUGGUUUAUAUUUUGAUUUGUGUGUGUGUGUGUGUACUGGGCCAGCCUGAUGGAGGAGCCGGUUCUGGGCGGUUUGGGUCGGUGCUCGUGCGCGUUCUGGCUGGCCGUGGCGUUUGAUGUGUGCGGCCUGCUCGUGCUCCUGGCCGGAGUUUUCGCCGACGUCUUCUUCUACGACUUCCUCAUCUACGCAGGCGCCAUCAUCAUCUUCCUCAGCCUGAUCUGGUGGGUUUUCUGGUACACAGGGAACAUCGAGGUGCCUCCAGGGGAGCUCGAGGACGACGUGGGUCUGCUGAAGAAGAAAGAGAAAGGCUUCACCGGCGUCCUGAGGAGGUUCUCCAGCCGAAUCAGGAGCUCGGUUCGGAGAACCGCCAUGUCGGGUCGGGCUCAGGCCUCACAGAGCCAACAUGGCAGCCAGGUCCACCUGCCCAUGACUCCUCCUCCUCCUCCUCCUCCUCAACACCUGAGCACUGUGUCAGCCACUGUGGCUACAGAAACAUCACCCAUAUGAGCCUUAAAUCACAGUGACCCGAAGAGGAAAAAAUUCAAACGGGAGCUGAAGUCACAACUACUGUACACUGACUGUUUUGUAGUUUAUUUUGUUAAUUUGUUUACAUGUGAUUUUUAAAUUUGUAUUACUGAUUAGUAACUACUGCAUGAAAGUCUCAUCUCAUCUCAUUAUCUCUAGCCGCUUUAUCCUGUUCUACAGGGUCGCAGGCAAGCUGGAGCCUAUCCCAGCUGACUACGGGUGAAAGGCGGGGUACACCCUGGACAAGUCGCCAGGUCAUCGCAGGGCUGACACAUAGACACAGACAACCAUUCACACUCACAUUCACACCUACGGUCAAUUUAGAGUCACCAGUUAACCUAACCUGCAUGUCUUU